AUGGAUAUCCGCGAACUACUCAGAGAAAACAUACGCACGCUGGCCCCCUACUCGACCGCGCGGGACGAAUACCAGGGCGAAUUGGGCAUCUACCUCGACGCCAACGAAAACCCGUACGACAACAACUACAACCGCUACCCCGACCCGCAUCAGAAAAACCUGAAACGGAGGCUGGCGGAAAUCAAGGGCGUACCGGUCGAAAAGAUCUUCAUCGGCAACGGUUCGGACGAACCGAUCGACCUGGUGUUCCGGUUGUUCUGCGAACCCCGGCGGCACAAUGCGGUGUCGAUCGCCCCGACUUACGGCAUGUACAAGGUGGCGGCGGCGAUCAACGACGUGCAGAUGCGCGAGGUGCAGUUGGAGCCCGGUUUCACGCUGGAUGCGGAAAAGUUGUUGGCGGCGGCCGACGAGAACACCCGACUGCUGUUCCUCUGCUCGCCGAACAACCCGUCGGGCAACUGUUUUCCGAAAAAAGAGAUCGAAAAGGUCAUCCGCCGUUUCAACGGCAUCGUGAUCCUCGACGAAGCGUAUAUCGACUUCGCCGGCCAGCCGGGCUUCCUGUCCGAACUGGACGAAUACCCGAACCUCGUCAUCCUGCAAACGCUGUCGAAAGCAUGGGGCAUGGCGGGCCUCCGGCUCGGGUUGGCUUUCGCACAACCGCUGAUCGUCGAUACGCUGAGCCGCGUGAAAUAUCCGUACAACAUCAACGUCGUGACGCAAAAAAUCGUCCUCGAACAGUUGCGGAAAUCCCCCGACGCGCAGAUCGCCGAAAUCGUUUCGGAACGCGGACGCGUGCUGGAAGGACUCGCGAAAAACCCCGUCAUCCGGAAAAUCCACCCGACGGACGCCAACUUCGUACUGGUCGAAGUGGACGAACCGCGCACAAUAUACGACCGCCUGAUCGGGGCGGGCAUCAUCGUUCGCGACCGCUCGCGGAUCAAAGGAUGCGAAGGCUGCCUGCGGAUCACGAUCGGCACGCCGGAAGAGAACGACCGGCUGCUCGAAACCCUGAAAAAACUGUAA